GCUGUGUUCGUGAAGUGGUUACAGUCAAUUCUUCUGUACAACUUCAUAGUGCAGUAGCCAGAAACCAGCCUCACACUGAUGAGACCCAUUAGGUCGAAACAGCAGUUUAUGCCCAGAAGGAAAAUAAAUUGGUCCCCUGAUGAUAACUACAGGGCAGAGAAAUGGAAGAGGAGGAGGAGAACUCCCAGCAGAGAACGAGAAGGACAGAGAAGAGUUAGAAAUCGCUGGAGAUCUCCUCACAGUCAUCACUUAAGGGAUCAAAGCUGGGAGAGACUGCACAAUAACUAUUCCAAUGGUGCCCAUUUCUUGGAUAACCCAAGUCCUUUGCCCCAGAGUGAGAGCUACUCUACACAGUCUUCACCACAGCAUCAUUCAAGAGAUCAGGAUAAAACAAUAAAAGGGAAGCAUCAUCGUCUGGUUUCAAGCAAACACUACACCAGGUCUAGUAGCUGCUCUUCCUUGAAGAGCCAUCGGAGUACUAAGAGCAUCCAGAAUGUAGAAGAUGACAAGGAAGGGCACCUGGUGUGCCGGACCGGCGAACACAUCUUGGAGAGAUAUGAAAUUGUUGGAGAUUUAGGUGAGGGCACUUUCGGUAAAGUGGUGGAGUGUGUGGACCAUGCCAGAGGGAACUCCCGAGUUGCACUAAAGAUCAUCCGCAAUGUUAAGAAAUACAGAGAAGCUGCUCAGCUGGAAAUAAAUGUCCUGAAGAAAAUCCGUGAGACAGAUCGGGAAUGUAAAUACAUGUGUGUUCUGAUGCGGAACUGGUUUGAUUUCCAUGGACACAUCUGCAUUGCCUUUGAACUGCUGGGGAAAAGCACUUUUGAGUUUCAGAAAGAUAACAAUUUCCUGCCAUUUCCCCUCCCUCAGGUUCGGCACAUGGCCUUCCAGCUUUGCCAUGCACUGAAAUUUCUACAUGAUAAUCAGCUGACACACACAGACCUAAAGCCUGAGAACAUACUUUUUGUGAAUUCAGAUUUCAGCACCACCUAUAAUGAGGGAAAGCAAUGUGAGGAAAGAUAUGUGAAGAAUUCCAGUAUCCGUUUAGUAGAUUUUGGCAGUGCUACUUUUGAUCAUGAAUACCACACGACUAUUGUUGCAACGCGACACUAUCGCCCACCCGAGGUGAUUUUAGAGCUGGGCUGGUCUCAGCCAUGUGACGUCUGGAGCUUGGGUUGCAUUCUUUUUGAAUAUUACAGUGGCUUCACACUAUUCCAGACGCAUGAAAAUCGGGAACACUUGGUAAUGAUGGAGAGAAUUCUAGGGUCGCUACCACGUCGCAUGAUGUACAAAACCAGAAAACAAAAAUACUUCCAGCAUGGAUCUUUGAUCUGGGAUGAAACCUCUUCAGACGGACGUUAUGUUAGCAAGAACUGCCUCCCUUUAGUGACCUACAAAACCGAAGAUAAUCCUGAGCAUGUUCAAUUAUUUGACCUCCUGCGAAGAAUGCUAGAGCUUAGUCCUAAACUGCGGAUUACAAUUAAAGAGGCGCUAAGACAUCCGUUCUUCAGCAGCCUGAGUCCUGAGGAGAAGACACUGGGUAGCUGGAGCUCAAGAGAUCUCAACAGAUGACAAGGGAAACAUUUGGACUGGCAAUAGUCUCCUAUACAGUAUAAAUGGAUUCUCCUUGCAGGUGUCUGAAGAAAUGGAGGAACAUUAUAUUGUCUGGAAUACAACUAGCAGUGAAAGAGGAACAUAGACAAUUAUUUCUCUACAAAACAUUAAUACAACUGCCCCCUUUGUAAAAGAAUGGAAUUUGCACUAAUUACCUAAAAAAAAAAAUUAUUAUAACUCCACUCUCUCAUAUAUAGUGAGGUAUCACAGAUUUGUACGGUCUCCAAGCCUUUUGGGAAUUGUCAGAACACAGCAACACAGCUUCCAGAAAACUGCUUCUUCUCUUCAUCAAUAGAGAUUCAGUAACUGCUUCAGUUUUAGACCAAAAAUAUUCCCUUUCCCUGAGAUACAAAAAUUUAUGGGGAGACACUUCGAUAUAGCAGCACCUCUUGAAAACAGCUUUCCAAUUUGUAGCUAAUAUUUAUAUUUGUGCACUCAGGGAUGAAUGGGGAUAGUGUUAUUAAACACAUAAGAAAUUAUCAUGUGUGGUAUAAGGUUGUGUUCACCUUAUGCAGACUUAACUCAUGUCUUGUACAAAAAUUGCACUGUUUUAAAAAUUGGCAGGUAUUGGAAUAUUUUUAAACUGUUCCAUCAAUAAACUUGGGAAGGUUUCCUUUUUCAGAAUAACAA